AGGUUCAAGCUUUUUCUAUGAGAGUGAGAUGACGAUGAGCUGAUGAUGAUGAGGAGAAAAGGAGAGGGUGAAGAUGCUAAUGAUGAUGAUGAUACUGAUUGAGAUUGUGAUCAUCAAAGUCUCUGGUCAUAUAUUCAAGUGUAAUGUUGCUCUCAACGAUGAUAUGAUAACAACAACAAAUCCAAAGAAAAUGAUGAAAGUUGUUAUUUGUUGAAUGAAGAAAGAGAAAUUGAAAAAAAACGUUUUUCUUAAUAUUCUAAAGUGUAUUUAUCCUUAUUAUCAUCUCUCUCUCAUCAUUGUCAUCCCUAAUCAUUCAAUAUCAUCAUCUUGCCUCGAUGCAAACGCCUUUAACCCUUUAGAGCCUUAAACACCUUUUAUCAGAAUCUUAAACUUUUUUUUCGUUCUAAACUUACCUUUUGUGUCUACAGCAAGUGAUACCUUUUUUUGUCAUCUUUCAUCUUCUCAACCCCUUUUCUUAUUGUGUAAGUGUCGCUAUUGUCACCAAAUAAUUGAUAUUAUUGGUGCAUCGAGGGAAAGGUUGGACUUUAAGAGGAAAAAAAGGGUUAAGAAAACAGAAGAAGAAGAAAAAGAAACAAGAAGAUAAGGAAGAUAAAGAUGAUGAGGAACAUUUAAAGGAGGGACGAAGACAAGUUGUUCGAAGGAAGCAAAGAACAGUUUCUAUUGGUUCGAAGGUUCAAUUUUCCAUCUUCAUCUUCUUUUAUCUUCCAUUGUCCAGCCUCUCAUGUAAAGUGCCAUAUUGGAGUUAAUACAUAACAUAUUCUCUAAAUUUUUUUACAUCGAGGAAGAAGAAAGAAGAUAAGGAAGAUAAAUAGAAGAGAAAGUGAGAAAAAGAGGGUAAACGAACACAUCGAACAAAAGUUUUCUUCUCUUCUUUUUUCCUCGAUGUAAAUUUUUAACUUUCGACGCAAAAGUGAACAUUAUAAUCGAUCGCAUCGAAGCUUAAACUUGAAAAGUUUCAUUCUCCAUCUCCAUUAUCAUCAUCAUUCUAAUCAUCCUCAUCUCCACCCACUCAUCAUCAUCAAGUGAAUGUUACAACCGAAAUGUUUUAACAUCGAGGGACUUUUCAGAUUCUUUCGCUUUGAUUUUUCACUUGAAACAUAAUCAAAAUCAUCAUCAUUCUCAUCUAUCCUCCGCCUUCAUCAUCUCUCUCUCUCUCUCUCUUGUCAUCAUCGUUUCCAUCUUCGCCUUUGUUUAAUAUUCAUCAUCAUCAUCCUUUCGUUGAUGGUGGAAUUUACUUCGAUUGCCAUUUUGUUUUUAAUUUAAACUCCUCCCUUGUUUUAUUCAUCAUCUUCUCUUCCUCUUCCUACUCCUCCACACCGACCACCUCGCCCUUGUCCACUGUGGACUUUAAUCUGUACUUCGAUUGAUUUAUUCUAUUCGUUGAAUGGUAAAGAAAGAGAAAAAGAAAGAGUUAAAAAUUUUGUUCGAAAGUAAAAAAGAAUAAGAUAAAUAAGAGAAAGAGUGAGAGUGAGAGUGAGACCAUCGAAGAGUAAAAAGAGAGAGAGAGAAAGAUGGAAAUUCGAGUUACAUCAAAUUGUAACACUAACAAUGCUCUUCAUAGUAAUUCCUCGAUGCUACCAAUCGACCAUUCAACACCAAAUUUAAGGUCAAACUGUGUCUCAAGUCCAACUUUAUUAUCGCCAUCUCAAGGGUCAUCCAGUCACACUGGACACGGGUCAUCAAUGGGCAAUCCAUUAUUUCCGGCAAACCGAAUGCUAAGUAAAAACUCAAAUGGAACAAUUGCAAUGACUUCUUGUCCAACAAAUGAUUCUGAGCUGCAACUCUAUCGGGUUCUUCAACGAUCUAAUCUGCUCUCAUAUUAUGAUACAUUCAUUUGUCAAGGAGGUGAUGAUGUUCAGCAGCUUUGUGAUGCAGGGGAGGAAGAGUUUCUUGAAAUCAUGGCGCUCGUGGGAAUGGCCAGUAAGCCCUUACAUGUCCGUCGUCUUCAGAAGGCCCUUCAAGAGUGGGUCAGCAAUCCAGCUAUGUUUCAAGCAGCUUUGGUACCAACUUUUCCCUCUUCAGGUGAUCGACCCACUGGUGGAUUACAACCUCCCAAUCCAACCUCUUCUACUGGAUCUUCAUCUUCUUCAUCUUCUUCCGGUUCAACUGCAUCUUCAACCUCAUCUUCGGCUGCCGCAGUAGCUGCAGCAGCAGCGGCAGUAGCCGCCGUAGCUGCGACAACCUUUCACGGUUUAGCUCCACCAUCGGUGUUACCAUUAGCACCUCCACCGCCGUCCGCAAAUAUCAAUAAUCUAAACAACAAUUCAAGCUCAGGGUUUCCAUUGGUUAAUCCAAGUAAUCUUUGUAAUAAUAAUAAUUCAUCUUCUAAUGGUAACAGAUCAGUUUUUCCUGGUAAUGAACAAUUAGAUGUAAAAUCAAUUAAUCCUGUUAAUCUUUCAUCAUCUUCAAUAUCAUCGUCACCAUUAAAUAUCGGCUCAAUGGCUUUGCAACAACAACAACAGCCCAAUGUUACCGUUAUGUCCUCAAUGGGAUCACUUGGAGUUAUAUCUUCAUCUUCAGGUACAAAUCAACACCAAAAUCAUCACCAUCAUCAUCAACAGCACCAACAACAACAACAACAACAAUCAAGUGUCCAUCCUUCAUCUCACCAUCAUGUUACUUCAUCUUCAUCUUCUUCCUCAGCAUCUUCUUCCGGUUCAUCAUCUCUAUCAGUUUCUCUCUCUAUUCAUCCGAAAUCAUCAAGUACUCCAACCAAUGGGUCCGUUGGAAUCACCGCUCUAUCCAAUCAUUCAUCUAGUCAUUCAGGUCCACCCUCACCUUCAUCCAAAGAUAAUAGUAUAACGAUUACAUCAAAUGGAAACAUUCAAUGUCCACCAAACAAUUUAACCUCAAUCACUUCACAGAAUCAGGCUAGAUUGAUUACUAAUGAAUAUGGUCAACCCGCUUCUCCAAUAUCCUUGACCCCGGUUCUUGUUGAUAAUCAGAUCAUCCGAUUAGCUGAGGCCGCUGAAAAUUUGGUCAAAAGUUUACCUCCAAUGGACGCUAAAUUGGCUACCAAUAAGAAACGAAUCAGUAAGGAGUUAGAGGUCGUAAUCAACAUGGCUGAAGAUGAUCCUAAACGUAUGGAUGAGAUACGGAAAUAUGCAGCAAUUUAUGGUAGAUUUGAUUGUAAACGAAAACCAGAGAAACCGUUAACUCUUCAUGAGGUAUCGGUCAACGAAGCCGCCGCUCAGAUCUGUAAACAUAUUCCCGCUCUACUGACCCGUCGAGAUGAACUGUUUCCACUUGCUCGUCAGGUAGUUCGUAACUCAGGGUAUCAAUAUUCAAAAGGACAUUCGAGAUCUCAAUUUUAUCCCAAAAUUUUGGACGGUUCUGGUUAUAAUAAUAAUGUUGAUUCCAUGAUCAUUGAGGGAAAUGGAUCAUCAUCAGGAAAAAGAAGACGAUUAUCUGAAAAUGAUUCUAAUUACGAAGUUAAAUUACAAUGUACUGAAGAGGAGAAAUCCCGUCGACAGGGUCGAUUAGAAAAUAUAAUUGAUCAAUUGAAAACAUUUGAAUGUCAACAAAAGGAUUUGAAAUCACAAUUACAACAAGCUCAUGAUUUACAAAAUUUAUCUCAUAUUAAUCAAGUUCAAAUUGAACUGGAAAAUAUUUCAUCGCAACAAAUGCAAUUAAUCAAUGAACAAAGUGAAAUCAACAAGCAAUUAAAAAAAUGGGAAAAAUUCCAAUCAGGUAUUAAUAACAACAGAGGAUUGAAUCGUUCAUUAUCAGAUGAAAAAGUUGACACUGAUGAUACAGAUUCUCAAUUCUCUGUCUAUUCCAAUGAAUUAUCUCCAUGCAUGAGUCAACCUGGUCAGCCUGAUGAAUCCCCUGUUCAUGAAUCUUCCCAGAAUUCUGAUAAUUUCAAUCGCAUUUUACCAAUAUUUCUAAUCCAUUUAGCUAACAAAACGGGAAAUCAUCUUGUCUCAAAUCAAUUAACUCGACAAUUAGCUCAUGAAACGUUAUUGGAUGAAGGACUUCGUUUGGUCAAGGAAUUUACCGAUGUCCAUAUUAAAGAUUGUGAUCUAAGUAACCGAAUUAAGGAAACCAUAAUAAUCAAUAAUAAUCAUCAUCAUUUAGAUUCAAAAGAUUCAAAUAAUAAUAUCAACAAUCAUAAUGAUCACAAUUCAAAUGAUGAAAUUAAUAACCAUAGUUCACACAGCAAUGGAAGCUCAAAUGAUAAUGGAAUUGAUUUACGUGUUAAACAAAUUGAAAAUGGUUCACCUAAAUCAACAUCAAUACAAUCAACUAAUUGGUCACAUAAUUAACAAUUUUAACAUUGGAUGAAGGAGACAAUUAAAACAAAAAGUGAAACCAAAUCAACUAUCCAAAUCUAAUUCAAUUUACUAAAACAAUU